CUUAAGAAGUAAGGUAGGUAGGGCAGCGUUCGCGCGGUCGCGGUCGGCCGCAACGUGAUGACGCGCACCGCGGAGUGCAGCGGCGACUCGGCAGCAGGCAGCUGCACACCGCCACUGCCCGCUGCUAGCGCCCACCAAAGGGCGGCAGCACAGCAGCCUCAGAAGGCAGGCCAGCAGGAGGAUGCGGUGGCCGCUUCGGUGCGGCGUCGCUAUGGCGAGGGCUUCCGCCCGUGCGUCUUCACGAGUCGCCGGAUGAGCCUGACGCAGAGCGCGUCGCAGCUCCCGCUCGACUACAGCCGCCGCGCGACGCUGCUGCUACUGCGCCUGGUCGCGGCAGCGGCGGCGUUCGCGGCUGCAGCUGCCGGCCUCGCGGCGGCGGCGCUGUGGCUGUUGGGCUGGCGACAGCUGCUGGUGCUGCUGGUGGCGGCGGAGGCCGCGUUUGCGGUACACUACAGGCGCAAGCACGCGCUGCUCAGUGCCCAGCCCGCGCCGCACGCCCCGCCCGGGGACAGACACCAGCCCCUGCGUGACUUUGAGCGCCUGUUGGAGCUGUCGACCUACUGGGCAUCUAAAUUCGACGCGCGCGUGUACCUGUCCACCUGGUUCUGUGGCGCUGACUACCGGCUGAUCCGGCGCGACAACGUGGCCGAACUCAUCGCCUACGGGUUCUGGUACAAGAGCAGGUCUGAGAUGGAGGCCGCCGGCCUGGGUCCGAUGCUGCGGCAGUGCGUGUCGGCUCUGGAGUGCGCCUUCCGCAUCUCGCUGCCGCCCGGCCACCAGCCCGGCUUGCGCUGCAUGUACCACCUGUGGGAGCCGCUGCGGACCAUCUACCGGCCCCUGACAUUCUACGCCGCCACAGAGGCGCUGGCGCUACUCACGAAGGCGCUGCUGCUAGCCAUGGGAUGCAGCCUCAGCAGGCAGAGCACGGCGGUGGCGGAGGAGACCGCGGCGGCGGGAGGCGGGGCCGGGAGGGGGCUGGGCAUGCUGGUCGCCACGGCGGGGCUGGAGCGGUGUCGGUUGCCAAAGGAGGGCAAGGAGCAGGAAGCAGGUGGUACGGCCCCGGCGCCGGUGCUGCUGCUGCACGGAAUCGGUCUGGGUCUCCUGCCGUACGUCAACCUCAUCAGGCAGAUGCUUGCCGCUGGCCUGCCGCUGGUGGCUGUGGAGUACAAGCACGUGAGCAUGCGGCUGUGCUCCGUCAUCCCCUCCGCCGACGACAUAGCGCUGGCCGCGGCGGCGCUGCUGUCGAGGCUGGGCGUGUCGGGGGCGUGUGUGGUGGCGCACAGCUACGGCACCUUCGUGGCGUCACGGCUGGCACAGCUGCGGCCAGACACGCUGCAGAGCCUGGCGCUGCUAGACCCCGUGUGCUUCGGUAUGUUCAUGCCUCACCUUCUCGCCAACUUCAUCUACCGCCAGCCCCGCGCCAGCUCGCUGUCGGUGUGGGCCAAAGACGUGCUGUUCAACUUCGUGUCGCGGGACCUGCACUGCGCCGCCGCACUGUGCCGCCGCUUCUACUGGAGCGACGUAAACCUGUGGCCGCAGGACCUGCCGGGCCGCACACUGGUGGUGAUGGGCGCACGCGACCACCUGGUGCACGUCAUCGAGGUGGUGGACACGCUGAUGUUCUACGCCGCCCGCAUCAUGUUCCACCCGGGCCACGCGCACAUGCAGAUGCUGGUGGACACAGCCUGGAUGCAGCAGGUUGUGGUUGAAAUCCGGGCCAUGGCCACUGCGGGCUCGGGUGCGGCGGGCGCACACGAGGUGGAGCGUCGGCUGCUGGCCGCGAGCAGCAGCACCGCGACAGCCGCCGUCGCAACUGCGCCCGCCGCCACUGCUGGCCCCGCGCCUGCCGCGGCCGCCGCCGAGGCGGCGGAUGCCGGCGUGGAGCAGCAGGAGCCGUUUCCCUCCGGAGCUGGCACGCGGGCGGCGGCGCCGGCCGUGGUGACCAAGGCUGAGGAUGGCGAGGAUGACGCGGACGCGUUCGCCCCGCUGACGCCUGUGCGCGCACACAAGCCGCCGCGGCUCGGGGGUAGCGGUGGCAUACGCCGCGCGGCCAGCAGCAACCUGCCGCCACUGCUGGCGUCACGGCCGCGGCCGCGGCUCCUGUCCACGGCUUCGACCGCUUCCGCCGCACUGGGCGCGGCGGUUGCGACUGCAGGGGCGAAUGCGGCGGCAGACGCGGCGGCGGAGCUGGCACCCACGAGCGGCUCUGCCAUCCUGUACUCCAGUCCUGGACGUCGUGGGCUGCCGGUCGCGGUUCGCAGCAGCCAUGCCGUUUCAAGUUCCGAGUGCCUGGGCAGCAGCAGCCGCAAUAGCAGUAUUAGCCGUGACAGUAGCAAUGGCAAUGACAGCAGCAGCGGGCAGGGCGGCGGUGGCGGUGCUCGUGACAGCCUGGAGGUGGUGCGGCGGCCGCGCAUACGCCGUGUGUCAUCCGCAGCGCCCUCCAGCUGCCACCACCAGCUGCCCCAGCAGCAACAGCCCGCAGAGGCGACAGCGCCAGCGCCAGCGGGCCUGCCGCCGCUGGCACUGCACUCGGCUCAGUCGUUGCCGCUUCCGCGCCCCUGCACGCAGCCCGUGUGGCGUCAUGGCCAGGCCACUGCGCGCCCGGGGGCAGGCGGCGGCAGGACCCACGAGACCUGCUGGGCAGGCGGCCCACCGGUGUGUGUCGACGACACGCCGUCGAAGCCGUCGGACACAGCAGGUGCGGCAGCGGCAGCGGCUGCGGCAGGCGCGGCGGCGGGGGCGGCGGCGGAGGCGCAGGGAAGGCGGCAACUGACGCCGUUUGCGGGCAUGCAAGCGGCCUAGCCAGCCAGCCUUGGAAGUUGUAGUGCGGCAUGCGACAGGCGCAGCGGGCCAGAUGCAUCAACCACCAGCGGUGAGAUGCAGGAUGCGGCGACAAGAUGUCAGGGAGUAGGGGAGGCCGGAGGACAAGCACGUGUGCGGCAAUGGUUGCGUGCGUGCAUGUGUCAGGAUUGCUCCGCUGUCCCCAGCGUCAUACUUACUGUGGUAUUGACACAGGGCACCAGUUGCCCAAAUGUGUUUCAGUACAUAAAUGCUGGUCAUGGGGCGAGCUCAGCGCGAUGGGUCCCAUGGGUCCCAUGCAUUGUCAUACUGCACGUGUUCAUAGAGCUACGGCUCAAGUAACAAGAGCCGAGGUUGUUCAACUUGCGAAACCGGUACCUGCCACCAUGUAUAUGUCUGAGGUUAAGAGCAGCUGCACAGUGAAGCUGUGAGUCGUGCGCAGGGCACAUGGCUUCCCUCGCAUCUGCUGUGGGAAUAAAUGGAUUGGCGGUCUUACUUUGGGGGGCCUGCGUGAUAGGUCUGUCUCCUCCCCUUGUCUGUCUGUUGUGGCAUUGUGCGCCGGGUUCAUGGCAUGCCGAGUUGCUGAGAUGCCGACUGGGUGGCACAGCAGGAGAGCGGGUCAGCUGGCUGGCCUAGAACUCUGCACGUAACGUUUCUAGGCUUACAAGCACGUAGACGCUGGGUGGCGCAGGUGGCACAUGUUGAGUUGGCUUAACAGUGACAAGUAAGACGAGCUCUCAGACGGGUGGCGGGGUGGAGAAGACGGAGGGAGUUGUUGAGCUGGCAGACGCGCAGGCGGAGAGAUGAGGCGUCAAAGGCAGCUGAGACACUGCUGUAUCAGGAUGCCACUCACAAACAUAACUUAAC